AAAGGGAAACAGCUAAUGAAUGCUAAGAAUUUAGAACAGUGAGAUACACUGUACCCAUAUAACAACAACCAGAUUUUGUUGCUUUAUUUUUAGGUGCCAAGGAUGUGACAACAUAACCCCAUGCCACAGAGUAGCCCACUCUGUCCUCACAUGAGCCUUGUUCUUGUAAAUUCUGUUGAGUAUAAAUAGUCCUAAUAAUUCAUAUCACCAGUUAAGCUAUUUAAAAAACUUGACCUUUCCAUGUUAAAAAUAGUAACCAUGGCUGCUUUCUCUCCAAAAUCUACUCCUCCUUACAAUGUUCGUUCGGUUAGUUUUCCAGCUCGAUCACAUCCUAGUGUAGCCAAACUUGAACAAGAAUUGAACAAGAUUAGUUCUUGGCAGGUACCAACUUCAUUGAAGGCAGAAACAGUUCUCGGUCGCCUAUCAAGCCUUGGAGAGAUAUACAGAUGCGUUGAGGAUCUUCUCAACUUGCCAAUGACCCAACAAGCUCUAUUGCAACAUCGAAAUGAGAAAUUGAUGAACGACAUGCUGGAUGACUUGAUGAGGUACUUGGAUGUAUGUGGCAAGACAAGGGAUGCUGCUGUCUUGAUGAAAGAAAGCAUCCGGGAUAUUCAAUCUGCCCUUCGGCGAAGUAAAGCAGGUGGAGAGUUAAGCAUUGAAAGCAAUGUCAACGCUUACUUUUGUGCGAGAAAGAAGAUGAAAAAGGAAGUAGCAAAAUCUCUCGCAUCAUUGAAGCAUGCAGAUAACAUUUUCGGAGACUCUCCUUUGUUCAAUGCAAGUGAUCAUCUCCUUUCUGCAAUUGUUAGAGUGCUUAGAGAAGCAAGUCUGGUCACAGUUUCGAUCUUUAGGUCACUCUUGUUAUUCCUUUCUGUGCCAAUGUUGAAGCCAAGGCCUAGUAAAUGGUACUUGGUUUCAAAAUUGGUGCACAAGGGUGUGGUCACAUGCGAAGGCCAACAGGAGAACCUGAAUGAAUUGGAAACUGUGGAUGCUGCUCUUGCAAGCUUAAUGGUGCCCAACUCAGGUAAAGAUUUUGAGGCAAGGGACAUACAUUCUGUUCAGAAAAGGCUGGGAAUUCUGGAUACUAGUAUUGAAGAAAUUGAAAAUGAAUUGGACAGCUUGUUUAGGCAUUUAAUCCAUGCUAGAGUCUCCCUCCUGAAUAUACUGUCCCAAUAGCUAGAGGGAUUUCAGUGUAAAUUUUUAUGUAACUAUGUAUCAUUGAUGACAUCCGAAUUUUAGAGGAUUUUCAUCCUUUCAAUUGUACAAUUAUGUUCACGAGUCCAGUUGUAUAGCAGAAAGGUUGAAAUAAAGCUUGAAUCUAAGUAGAU